GAAAGAGGUAUGUUUUGGCCUAUUUAUCACUCCAUGUAAUAAACACAUUUACUGCUCAAGAUUUGUCUAUAAAUACAGGAUCUAUCCCACCAACAUUUAUCAUCCUAAAACAAAAACACAACUAUUUCGCAACUCGAAGAAAAAUGAGUUCCAAACUGAUUGUUCUUCUCGGCCUUUUAGCUCUUCUAGUUUCUUCAGAAGUAGCUUCAGCCAGCAGAGGACUCGCUGAGAAAACUAAUGCCGUCGAUCCAUCUGAGAAAACCAACGGAGAUGUUGCCAAAGACCAAUAUGGAUAUGGAGGUUAUCCCGGCGGAGGUUAUCCCGGCGGAGGUUAUCCCCGCGGCGGAUAUCCCGGCGGAGGUUAUCCCGGCGGAGGUUAUCCCCGCGGCGGAUAUCCCGGCGGAGGUUAUCCCGGCGGAGGUUAUCCCGGCGGCGGAUAUCCCGGCGGAGGUUAUCCCGGCGGCGGAAAUGGUGGAGGAAUUCCGCGCGGAUACGGAUCAGGUUCUCUCCCCAAGGCGAUACCCAGUUACGGAUCAGGUUCUCUCCCCCAGCCGGGCCCCGGACAUGGAGGUGGCGGCGGAAAUUGAGGUUUUCCCGGCGGUUGCUAUAUAUAAUUAAGCCUAAGAUGUAAUGAAUAAAAUGCAUGCUUGGACGUGCAUACAUGCUCGUGGUGUGCCGGUUUUACUUGUUAUAUAUAUUAUGAUAUUAUGAUGAUGUAACCGUCUGAUUUAUGUAAUUUUUGCUUACGCUAAUACACCAACUUUUAAGUA